GCAAAAAGCCUGCCUACAUAGCUACUGCUCUCUCUGCCCAAUCUCUCUCGCUCGCUCGCUCUGUGCUCCAAAUCCGGCGAUGCCGGCCACGCUGCGCAAGAACCUCAACCUCUGCUUCACGAAGUGGAAGCCUACGCCGUCACCCCAAUCCCCGUCCCCGCCCUUCUCCGCCACCCCCACCUCCACCCUCAUCAAGAACUUCAACACCCUGUACGACCCCACCCUCCACCCCUCCUCCUCCUCCUCCCCCUCCCCCUCCUCGACCUCCUCCGCCGCCGACGCCGCCGACCCCGACCUCGCCGCCGCCUUCGCCUCCCACCGCUUCUUCUUCUCCUCCCCUGGCCACUCCAACUCCAUCAUCGACUCCGCGCCUCCCGCCUCCACCGCCGCCGCCGCUGGGGCGGAGGCCUCGGCGCCGCUCGUCGACGACACCGUGGCCGUCCCCACCUACUCCCCGGACCCCUACGCGGACUUCCGGCGGUCCAUGCAAGAGAUGGUGGAGGCGCGCCAGCUGUUCGACGUAAAGUCCGACUGGGACUUGCUGCACGAGCUGCUCCUGUGCUACCUCGCGCUGAACCCCAAGAGCACCCACAAGAUCAUCGUGGGCGCUUUCGCCGACCUCCUCGUCAGCCUCAUGUCGCGGCCACCACGGCAACGGAGCGACCGCGGCGGCGGAGCCGAGUAUCCCCACGGUGGCAACGGAUGUAAGAUUCUCCGGCGCUGCAGUGAUUAGAUUACGACAAUUACUACGCAAACCAUGUUCCUGCGGUCCAUUAAACCAAAGAGGGAUCGCCAUGUCCUAUCACCGAUGCACAAAACGAAUUCUUUUUUGCGGGGUUGGCGUCAUAUACGGGCACUCCCACUCUUGUCUUUAUGUCGUGUACAUCAAAUCGCAGAUAUGUCAUAACUAUGGUUUUAUAGAGUAACAUGGCCUACUUAUCA